AUGCCGUCUUCUACUCCAUCGUUUGGCGAGGUCGAAUACUGGAAUACUCGCUUCACCAAAGAGGAACAAUUUGACUGGCUGGCCGAUUUUGCAGUUCUGGAACCUUGGUUGAAGAAAGCUAUCACUGAAAAAUCUGGUCAUGAUGAGAGGCCGCAAGUUUUGCACAUCGGGUGUGGAUCUUCUGCGCUGUCGACACAGCUACGAGACUUGGUGGACUCGCCGCAGCAGAUCCAUAAUGUGGACUACUCUUCUGUGGUCAUAGAACGGAACCGACAGCGCGAGAGUGAGAUGCUACGAACCAUGGCGUCUGAGAUUGAGCCCUGUCGUUGGUCGACGCUAGACCUAUUGUCUGCAUCACAAAUCCUGGACGUCGAGAAUUUUGGAGAUGAAUAUGAUGUUAUCAUCGACAAGUCGACUUCUGACGCUAUAUCCUGCGCUGAGGAUGUCGCAGUCGAUCUACCAUAUUGCAUCAACACUACCAACACGAACCGGUCUCCAGCUCAGAAGCAGGAAAUGAUAUACCCUCUACACAUACUAGCCAUCCAUCUAGCCUAUCUAGCCAGACCUAAUUGCCUGUGGAUCGUGCUUAGUUACUCGUCCUCUCGCUUUUCGUCCUGGGAAGAUGCGACACCGCCUGGAUCCCCAAAACUGGAUCAGAUCUGGGAGAUGCAUAGACAUGAGAAGAUCGAACAGCCGCCUGAUCCUGAGGAUAAUGUGCAUAGACCUCCAACUAUGCACCAUUUGUACAUCCUCAAACGUACAGAUGUUGUACUGAAUCGGGUUAUUUGA